UGGCAGGUGACUCAAUCCCGCCGAUCUCUUAUCUCCGAUUUGCCCCGCGGGCACCAGGCGGGCUGGAGCGCCCCCGCUCCGAUUCUCUGGAGGGGCGCUUGAGUCUUCCGGGAUUCCGGUGCGGUCGGAGCGGCGGAUCGCCCAGACCCAGUGACUCUCGCCCCAAACGGAAGCACUAGAAAACGGGCCGUGAGCUUUGUCCUGCCUAAGGACACCGGGGACCUGCCUAAGAACAUCCUGAGGGUUGCUCAAUUCCGGGGGAGACCUGCUCGAAAGAUCUGGCAGUCUUCCUUUGGCAAAGUUGAUGAGAACUAGGACUUUUUGUGCAGUAGUGUGUCUUGGCGGAAGCAACAGGAGAGAACUCCUCCAUUGGAAAGGAUUUUGAAAGAAAUGAAGAAAACCAUCAGAAAUGCAAUCGGUAGCUGCAUGGCCUUCCGUUGACUGGACUAGACUUUUCUUACUGCUGUUCCUUGGAAUGACACUCUACAGGAUGUCUGCUGAGGUCAUCCAUCAGGUGGAAGAAGCACUUGAUGAAGAUGAGAAGGAGAUGCUUCUUUUUCUGUGCCGAGACGUUGCUGCAGAUGUGGUUCCACUUAAUGUCAGGGACCUUCUGGAUGUUUUAAGAGAGAGAGGAAAGCUGUCUUCUGUGAGCUUGGCUGAGCUACUCUACAGAGUAAGGCGGUUUGACUUGCUCAAGAGGGUCUUGAAGAUGGACAGACCGACAGCGGAGGCCCUCCUGCACAGGAACCCACAUCUUAUUUCGGACUAUAGGGUGCUGUUGAUGGAGAUUGGUGAGGGUUUGGAUAAAUCUGAUGUGUCCUCAUUAAUAUUCCUCAUGAGAGAUUAUAUGGGCCGAGGCAAGAUAACCAAGGAUAAGAGUUUCUUGGAUCUUGUGAUUGAAUUGGAGAAGCUAAACCUGGUUGCUCCAGAUCACUUGGAUUUAUUAGAAAAAUGCCUAAGGAACAUCCACAGAAUAGACCUGAAGACAAAAAUCCAGAAAUACAAGCAGUCUGCUCAAGGAGUGGAAACAAAUUAUGUAAAUGCUCUCCAGGCAUCUCUGCCAAACUUGAGUAUUAAGGAUCCUUCAUAUAACCUAAGGCUCCAGAAUGGGAGGAGUAAAGAACGCAGAUUCAUGAUGGGACAACCUGCCAUUCAGAGAGAACCAGUGAAGACAUCCAUUCAGGAAUCAGGAGCAUUUUUACCUCAGCACGUACUGGAAGAGAGAUAUAAGAUGCAGAGCAAGCCCCUGGGAAUCUGCCUGAUAAUCGAUUGCAUUGGAAAUGACACAGACAUUCUUCAGGAAACCUUCACUUCCCUGGGCUAUGAAGUCAAGCGUUUCUUACAUCUCACUGUGGAAAAUAUAAUGCACAUUCUUGGCCAAGUUGCGCACAUGCCCCAACACCAAGACUACGACAGCUUCGUGUGUAUCCUGGUGAGCCGAGGGGGCUCCCAGAGCGUGUUUGGUGUGGAUCAGACUCGCUCAGGGGUCCCUUUGGAUCAUAUCAGAAGGAUGUUCAUGGCAGAUGCAUGCCCCUCUCUCUCAGGGAAGCCAAAGGUCUUUUUUAUUCAGAACUAUGUGACGUCAGAGGGCCAGCUAGAGGACAGCAGCUUCCUGCAGGUGGAUAGGCCAUCAGUGAAAAGUGCAGAAUCCAAGGCCAGGCAGCCCGGGGCCUGCAUGAUUCACCGAGAAGCUGACUUCUUCUGGAGCCUGUGCAAAGCGGACGUGUCCCUGCUGGAGCGGUCCUCCCCUUUGCCGUCACUGUACCUGAAGUGCCUCUCCCAGAAACUGGGGAAAGAAAGAAAACACUCACUCCUGGAACUCCACAUUGAACUCAACAGCAAGGUAUAUGAUUGGAACAGCAGAGUGUCUGCUAAGGAGAGGUACUGUGUCUGGCUGCAGCACACUCUGAGAAAGAAACUCAUCCUCUCUUGCAAAUGAAAAGCCAAAGGCCCUUCUUAGCUUUGCAGUCUCCGUCGCUAGCCAGAAAGACAAACAUUUAUUUCUCACAGUUCUAGAGACUGGGAAGUCCAAGAUCAAGGUGCUUAUAGAUCAGGUGUCUGGUGAGAACCCACCUCCAGGUUGGCAGAUGACCCUCUUGUUGUAUCUUCACAUGGCAAAGAGAACAGAGAGAAAGCAGGCUGUCUUGUGUCUCUUCUUAUAAGGGCACUGAUCUUAUUCAUAAGGGCUGCCCUGUCAUGAACUAAUCACCUCCCAAAGACCCCACCAUCGAAUACUAUCAUACUGGGGGACAGGAUUUCAACCUAUGAAUCUGGGGGUGGACACAAACAUUCAAUUUAAAACGGUGGCUUUCUGAUCUGAGGUUGCUUCUCUGUCUAGGACUCACAUGGCAUUCUACAGUAAUCAGUAUACCUUUCCUCCUUGGAUUUGAAAGCAUGACCUAAAAGAAUAUUAUUGUUUAAAAUAUCAUUUAAAGGGACUUCCCUGGUGGGCCAGUGUUAAGACUCCGUGCUUCCACUGCAGGGGGAAUGAAUUCAAUCCCUGAUUGGGGAACUCAGAUCCCACAUGCUGAGGCAUGGCCAAAAAUAAUCACUUGAAGUUAAAAAAAAUUUUUUAUAUUUUUAAGUUGGUUUUAAGUGGUAUGCAUCUGUGUGGGUAUGUUUAUAUGUGUUUUGACAUGAUCACUCAACAAAGGAUGAAAAGUAUGAAAGGAACAGUUUUCAGACACUUCAUGCACUUAUUUCUACUUUAAAGGUAAUUUUCUAUCCUUGUAUUAAUGAAUGUGGGACUCCUGAGGGUGUCUUUGAAUUUCACAUUGCUGGGGGCACCCAGCAGGAACAAUGUAUAUGCUUGGACUCAUGAACCAGAACCCUGUGUUAAUUAUUACAGAGGGAAACUGUUUGUGAAGGAUCUUAAUGACCUGGCAGCUUUUGCAUCCUUCUCUGUCCCAUCCUGACCGGGUGACAAGCUUUUUCCAUAUUCUGUUUCCUAUCAUGGAUGGGAAUUGCAUCUUUUAUUUUACCUUGGGAAGGGGAUCACCAGCCCUCGUGAAAAAUGUUAUGUAUCUUCUUUGACUCACAAAAAAAUGAAAACAUAAAACAGAAGCAUAGUAUUUAUUUAUAUUACUUUUUAGUUUUAUAUAUUUUUAUAUAUUAUUAAGAUAACUUAUAUUUGCAUUAAAUAUAAAAAUAAGAGGGACCUUGAAGUCAUUAUGCUAAGUGAAAUAAAAGACAAAUACCAAGCAUUAUAUGCUCUCAUUUAUAUGUGGAAUCUACAAAACAAUAACAUAAACAAAACAAGCCAAACUCAUAGAAAAAGAGAUCAGGCAGUGGUUACCAGAGGUGGGGGAAGGGAGUAAUUGGAGGAAGGAGGUCAAAAGGCACAAACUUCCAAAAACAAGAAAAAAAAAAGACUGCUCUAAGCACGGGUAAGCACCUGCAGUGCAUUGUCCAAUGUUAGGCUGAAAGAGCAGAUUCUUCAUGUAGGCCCUGAUUUCUCCCACACCUAAGCUAUGUUUCACAAAAACUGAACAUGAUGAAUAUGGGAUUUUUAGUUAGAGAGGGUUUAGUAGCAGCUACAGUCUGUAAUCCCAUGAGCUAUAACCUGUGAGAUUGAUAGAGAAUAUGGUAGAGGUAAACCAGAGAUGGAAGAAAGGCUUUAGAAAUGGAAUGAGAGAACAAAAGACCGUCAGCUAUGUGAUAUACAAUAAUAAGACCUACAAGACGGGUGUGAUGGAUGGGAUGCAAGCAGGUUUAGUGUAUAAGUGUGAUUGACAGUGAAGAAUUAAAGUUUAGGAUAUGGCAUAUUGUGACAUUAGGUUUUCAAUAAAUAAUAUAAUGACACCUGACAGCUGUAAUCUCUUGAAAAUUCACAUCAGUGAUGUUCAUUCCAAUAAUUAAAAAUAAAUUAAAAAUUUACAAAAAGAAAAGGGGACAAACUUCCAGUUGUAAGAUAAAUAAGUACUAGGGGUAUAAUGUACAACAUGAUGACUAGAGGUAAUGCUGCCGUGUGACACAUAGGGAAUUUGUUAAGAGAGUAAGUCCUAAGGUUUCUCAUUACAAGGAGAAAAAUUUUUUUCCUUUUUUCUUUUCUUUUUAGUGUAUACAUAUGAGACAGUGAAUGUUAGCUGACCCUAUUGUGGUAAUCAUUUCACAAUAUAUAUAAUCAUCACCUUGUGUACCUUAAACUCAUACAGUGAUGUAUGUCAAUUAUUUCUCAGUAAAAUGGGGAAAAAAGAUUUGAAAAAUGCAAUCAUAUCAUUCAAAAUGUUUUAGAUGCAAGUAACAGAAGACCUAACUUAAAACAAAAAGUUUUUUAAAAAUUUGUUUACUCUUAUUAAGCAACAGGGUCAGAGGUAGGGGGGUAGUUGCUGGCUUGGUUAAUUCAUUGGCUCAACAAUGUCCUCAAGGGUGUGAUGCUUUCCACCUUUCCUCUCUGUAGUCUCAGGGUUUGGGCUUUUAUUUUCAAAUUUGUCAUCUAAAGGUCACAAGAGGGCCACAGGUCCAAGUAUCAUACCCAAACACACAAGAGAAAACAUCUCUUCCUUGUGUGCCUUCUUAAGAUCAAAGGAAAAAUUUCCCAGAAGCUCUUCUCCCCAAGAGUUCCCUUCCCUCACUUCUCAUUGGCUAGAAUCACAUGAUAUGUUCUUCCUUAAACCAACCAUUGGCAGAGGGAAUGGGAUUACCAUGGUUGCUUUAUACCAGCCCAGACUCAGUCCCCUGGGACUGGGGUUCAGUGGCUUCAGCUCCCUUGGGCACAUGGUCUCCAAAAGCUGGGGUUCUUUUAGGGAAAAAUGGGGCAUGGAGCUUCCCUGGGGAGUAGUUAACCUUAAUGUAUGCCAAAAAGAAUGAGAACAUCCAUUUUAUGGUUGAAGAAACUGAGGCACACAGCUUUUAAGUGAGCUGUUCCCAAAUCUCAGAGAAAAUCAUUGGUAGUGCCAGGUCUAGAAUGUUAACAACAAGCCUUACGAUCUGGUGUCCUUCAGAAAUUAGAACAAACUUUGGAAGAUGUGUAGCAUGCAUUCCAGGGAAGGCAUCAUACUCCUCUCUCAGCUGUUUGUGAGAGUCAUUACCCUACCUUUCCAGCCCCACCCUUUUCCCGCAGAGAGGCAGCAUGGCCACAUAGCUUUCCGUAUCCCAUCUGAUGGACACGGUGAAAAUACAGAGACUGUGAAAUCACCAUCUUUUCUUUCCUUCCCUUUUAAAAAGCAAUUAUUUAUUGGGACUUCCCUGGCGGUCCAGUAGUUAAGACUCCACGUUUCCACCACAGGGUGUUCAGGUUCAAUCUCUGGUCCCUACCAGGAGAUUGAACCUGAACAGGAGAACUAAGAUCCCACAUGCGGCCAAAAAAAAAAACCACCGAAAACAAAACAAACACACAAAAACAAAAAAUAUAUAUUUAUUAAAUUAUAUUUUGCUGUCUGUUUACUUUGGUCACUUUUCUGUCAUUAGAUGACGUUAUUUUUAUUAAUACCAUUCAUCAGUCAACCCGCAGGUGCCAAGGAAAAAGGGUGCUAAGGUGUGUGUGUUUUGCUCACUGGUAAGAGGUGUGGGGUGGAGUAAAGAGGGUCUUUGAUUCCAGGAAGGCCAACAAGAUGGGAGGAAUAAAGCCUUGCCUUCCCUUGCCUACUUCGCAGAAUUGUUCUGAGGAUGAAAUGAGAGAGCCUUUAUGAUCAUACCCAAUGAGAGAGUUUUUAUGACUGCAUUGGUGAUGCCGUGCGAACAUAGCUGUUAUUAUUAUAGCAUACUGUGGAGGAGUUAUUUUGACAAAGUUGAAUCAAACCUUGAAAAUUGGUAGGAUUUUGGCAGGUUGAGGUGGAGAAGAGAAUACAUUGCAGGAGAAGAAACAAAGCAAAUAGAAGGUCAGAUAAGGGAAAUGUAAGGCAUGCUUUAAAAACCGUGAGUGUAACUUUUAGCUGGAGCAGAGAGAAUGUGAGCGAUGGUGAGCGAUAAGCCAGGAGGUGCCUGUGGUUUGGCAUGUGAAGAGCUGUAAAGACCCUCAUCUCUGUCUUUUAGUCAGCUCUCAUGUAAGUUAUUUUGUGAGUUAUUUUUCUCACUUUAAUAGUGGAGUCUACAACUACUUCUCUGACACUUUUGUGUAUAUGAGCAAUUUGAUUACUAAAUACCUUAUUCUUUUUCAUUGAGUAUAGUUUUUAAAUGAAAUAUUUAAGGCACGCUAAAGGAGAAUUAUAUUAGGUAACGAUAUAAUGAAUACAUACCCACAACCCAGCUUAAAUGAAAUGUUCUAAAAUUUAUAUGAAGACUCUGAAGAUACUGCUUUAAGUAAUAGCCCUAAAUAUAAAAGAGAUAAAUGUAUUAAAAUAUUUAAAACUUUAUAAUAGCCCCCAACUGAAAAUUCAUCAAGUGUUUAGUAACAGGAGCAUGGUUAUGAUAAAACGUCCACUGGUUGGAAUUUUAUGUAACUGCUAAACUUAUAUAUACAAAUAAUAAAGGCUUACAUAAGCUGUUCUUAGCUCAUUACAUGAAUUAUCUUAUUUAAUCCUCAAAACAUUUCUUUGAGGUAGGUAUUAUUGUCCUCAUUAUUAUUUCUUCCCAUUUUAUAGAUGAGGAAAUUGAGCAAAGGGAUGCUAAGUAGCUUGUCCUUGGUCACCCCAGCCUAGGACAUAAACUCAAGCCAUAAACAGAGCCUUUAUUUUUAUAGCUAAGUACAUUUAAAGCAAAACAGGACUUCCCCGCAGGUCCAUUGGUUAAGGCUGUGCGCUUACAAUACAGGGGACAUGGGUUCGAUCCCUGAUUGGGGAAGAUCCCACAUGCCGUGUGGUGUGGCCAAAAAAAAAAAAAAAAGCAAAA